UUUGUAGAUCUGCUUGGAUCCUCCAUAGACCCAGUACCAGAGCUGAACCUCAGCGCAGCCGGCUAACUCUGCUAGUCAUAGUCUACACGUAAACAACACCGAAUGAUGUGAUUUUUCAGACUUCUUUUGAAGCCUCGGUCCUUCUCUAACACUAUGGCACAGCCGGCGGAGAAAGCAUACUAUCGCUUCGUGGUGCUGUUCUUCAACUGCCUCCUGACAUUCGGCUCAUAUUUCUGCUUUGACAUCCCCAGUGUUUUGCAGGAUCAGUUCCAAGGGAACCUGACAUGUCCUAAUGCGACAGUGAUCAAUGGGACAGUGGACUGUGUGGUGGGACUGGGGAUGACUCCCCAGCAGUACAAUCUCCUCUAUGCUAUCUAUGCAUGGACGAAUGCAGUUGUGGUGAUAAUGGCAGGGUUUCUCAUUGAUAAACUGGGAAACCGCUUUGGUGUGUUUCUUUUCUCAUUCCUGUGCGUUUUGGGCUCUUCACUCUUCGCCCUUGGUUCCCACUUCAAGGGUACUCCUUAUCUGCUUCCACUUAUGCUCACAGGCCGGCUCUUGUUUGGAUCAGGCAAUGGAUCACUGACCAUUGUUCAGAACCGCAUCACAGCCUUCUGGUUCAAGGGGAAGGAGCUGGCAUUGGCCUUCGGACUGACCCUGGCCUUCUCUCGCCUGGGUUCAGUCCUGAACUUCUUUUUCACUCAGAGAUUUGAAGAAAGCUAUGGCAUGCAGUGGACGCUGUGGGGAGGUGCUCUACUGUGUGUGCUUGGCUUUACAUCUGCCAUCAUAGUUAGCACUCUGGACAAGAUCGGCAUGAGGCAGCUUGGUCUUGAUGGUACCAUCCAAGCAGAGUCCCGCAAAGUGAGGAUUCAAGAUGUGAAGCUCCUGUCGCUCAGAUACUGGCUGCUGGUUCUCACCAUUAUGUUUUUCUACAAUGGCAUCUUCCCCUUCAUCGCUGAUGCCAGUAAGUUCAUUCAGGACAAGUACAGUGACUACAGCCAGAAGGAGGCGGCUUACAUUGCAGGGGCGGUGUACGACAGCUCACUGGUCUUGUCAGCCAGCGUGGGCAUCCUCAUAGAUUAUGCGGGUCUGCGUGGGAUUUUUGCUUUCGCGUGUGCCGUCCUCACUCUGCCAGUGUUUGGUCUCCUGGCCUUCACCUUCGUCCCUCCGUUGGUGUCCACCAUAUGGCUGGGAGUCACCUACUCAUUUGCAGCUGCAAGUAUGUGGCCAUCUAUUCCCUUGGUGGUCCCUCAGGCCACCCUAGGGACAGCCAUGGGCCUCGCUACCUCCAUACAGAUGAUUGGCAUCGGGGUCUCCAACCUGGUUGUCGGACAGAUUCUAGGCACUAAAUCUAGUGAAACGAAGAUUCCACUGUGGCGUUGGCAGAGGAUGAUGAUCUUCAUGUUGGCGAACACAAUCAGCUGCAUCGUCACCUCAGUGCUGCUGAACAUUGUUGAUCACAGACAGGGCGGGACCUUGAACAAGACGACCAAAAGGUCAGCACAGGCAGAGAGAAGCUCGGACCGAGAGCCACUCGUCCAGGGAGAGGAAGAGCAAAACGAGGAUGAGGGGGAGGGAACACCCCGCUCCGGUUCCAUCAACUCCUGAAUUUUUAUGUACAUUUUAUCCUGCAUUUAACAACAGUUCCCCUCAUUGUAUAUUUAGUUUUUACAGGAGAUGGUUGAGUGAAAAUCUUAGGCACAAAAAAACCUUUAAAUAGUAUAAAUAUUGUACCAUAAGUGUUUCAGAUUUUUCAGCAAAACAAUCAAAUUAAAUGGAAAAAAAUGCAGUGAGAUGACAAAUUCUACCAUUUUAAGUAUUAUUUUACUUUUUUUUUUUUUUAGCUGAAACUCUUCUUCUGUUGACCUCUGCAGGUCUUAUUGAAGUUACUGGAUAUUUUUUAUUUUUAUGUGUUUAUUUGCACCUGGAUGUAGGGGCUACUCUGGUGUUUAUAUCUAAGUUCAUCCACAAAAUACAGUUUAAUAUGACGCUAUUACAUACAGUAUAAGUCUGUACUGACUCAGUGGUGUUUUGGGUGAUUGAAUCUAUUACUUGCCCUGUGCAGGACACCGGAGGUUGGUUCCUGUUUGUAAUGUUUUUUUCUGGUUUUCAGUUGCAUUUUCAUUUAGGCACCAGCACAGUUUAGUUUAGGUUUAGGCACCAACGGUUAAGGGAUGAUGGUGUGGGAUAAACUGGAGCCUUUUACAGGUCAACCACAUGUGCCAAAACAGUUUUCUCUCAGGUGUAAAUGCCAUAAUUAUGUUGAUACAACACUUGGGUGUAAAUAUCACGGUUGGCUUUGGACACGUGGUGCACAUGUUAUCUGCCUUUUUUUUACAUGUUGAAAUGCAUGACAAAAAAAAUUAAUACCUGUUUUGUUAUAUUUUGCUUUACUCAUUUUUGAUCAAGUGGUAAAACAUUUGUAACUCAGUAUGUGUGAGGUGACUGAAUGUGUAUUUGACAAAGGGAAUUUCUGAAUCAGAAGAGCAAAAAUAAAAUCUUUUUUUUUUUUU